AUGGCCAAUGCUACAUCUCAGUCUAAAAACCAUGUGGAUCGCCAUAGUGGCGAACGCUUGGUAACCUUACCCACGGAGGUCUUUUUGCAAAUCUUCUCCCUGCUUUCAUUUAACGAUCGGCUUGUAUGCGCUACUGUUUGCAAGCACUGGCACAAGUACCUGAACGAAUCAAGAAUUUUGUGGGAUGAAAUCGAGCUUGCUGGGCCCAAAGAGCUACGACGAUUUCUUGAAAAUAUAACCAUGACCGAAAACGCAGCGCUCUAUACACGACGAUUUUGCGUUUCCGCUGUCGCGCAUAUUGAGCUGUUGAUGGCACAGACCUGGAGAAAUAUUGAGUCUUUGAUUUUACCGUGCCCUCCGGGUAUGGAAAACGAAUAUCUUAUCCGAAUGAUUAAUCCCAGCAAAACGAGUCUGCGAACGCUCUGUCUAGAUUACACAACAGCGACAAUGUCAAACGAAAUAUUAGCCUACAUUUUAAACGAGUGCCCGAACCUUUUAACUUUGCGGCUUUACGACGACCCAGGCUUGUUUGGAUCAGCGGAAAGUAUCAUAUCAAACAGUACUGAAGCUGGUGGAACGUUGCCCCAAUCUCAGCUCCUUCUCCUUGGACAUGUCUCAAUUAAACGACGCGGCAAGGGUAUCAAUUUUGGACUGGUUAUUAACACGGGAAAGCCAAGGGAAAAGAACAACAGCAGCAAUAGCAACAGGCAAUCCUACCCUUCUACACUUAAGCUAUCAAAGCAGAAUGGGAGUCCUACCGAGAAGCGGUUUACGCAUACUACAGCACCUGAAGAACCGCGGCAGUAUUUUAGCACCCUAGCUAGACCCGGGGGACGUAUUCUUGCCCAAUUCAUACGUGGAUCGCCCAAUAUCGAAUCAUUUAACAUUGUUUCGGGACUGCAUGACCUUGACGACAACGUCCUUGGCGAGAUAGGAAAUCUAAAGUCCUUACGGGAGCUCCAUAUUGAUUACUGUUCAAGGAUUUCGCCGACCGGAAUGUGUGAUUUGUUGCGCAAGGCACAGGGAUUGAAAGAGCUUUCUAUAGCAGAGAACUCUUGUGAUAAUGAUACUAUCUGGUGCGAACAAAUCCUUGAAGCAAUCGCAGAACUCCCAAAACUCAAAAAGCUUAAUAUCCGCGACGGUCAUACCAUGAUGACUUCAAAUACCCUUAAAAAGUUUAUCCAUGCGUUGUCUCUACAGAAGAGGAGCAGUCUGAAGGAGCUUGGCCUAGCCAAUAUACAAUGCAUAACGUACGACACGAUAAUCGGCUGUGCGCGCUUGCGGAACUUGACUAAUCUGGUGAUCGACUUGCCAACGAGCUGCACCAUCCCUGCAUCGGGACUUACGCAAGCAGUCCACACUCUAUUUGACAAGCGGAAGGAUAUCACGCAUCCACUUUCAGUGACUAUCAACAUGGAUACAUCACCCGUUUUAUCAGAUGGCAAGACCCUGCACUUUUCGAGUAACGAUUAUAAACCCUCGCCGACGGCCAGAAGGAUGGGGAAUGGACACUUGCGUUUUCUGUUCAACGUCCAAGGCUCGCAACAGCUUUACUUUCCAUAUUGA